AUGCAAAAUAGUACAAAACGAGACUAUCAAAUAAAACGUACAGAAUUAUUUGAUGGUGAUGUUCAUCUUCAACAAUUAUCAAAUCAUCAUUGUCCUAUGAUGGCUCGAUCUUGUUGUUGUAUAAAAUCAGCUUGUGGAUGUGAUAGUUAUUGUGACGUAGCAUCAACAAUUCAAGUUGAAGGAGAAUUAGCUGGACUUUAUUGGUAUUCAAUUGAUCAAGCAUUUCUUCUUUCACAAUAUUCAACAUUUUCACUCUCAUUUGUACAAGCAAAUAUUAAACUAGAAAAAUAUUCUGGAUUACAAAUCUAUUUUCAUGAACAAACACAAGAAGAAAAACUUCAAAGAAAAUAUCGAAAUGAAUUGGAUCGAUUUUUAUCUAAAGGAAAUCUUACUGUUAGAGAAGAUGGAUGUGUUGUUGAACAAAUUCAUUUAAAUAAUCUUUCUCAAGAGGAAAACCAAGAUUUAGACUGUGAAAAUGAUCUUAAUGUUAGUUAUUAA